AUGACAAACACAAACGAGUCUCAUCAUAGAGUCACGACAGAUGGUGAGCUGAGCUUUAGUGAUUUCAUACUGAUUUGUACCUCUAUGGAAAAUCAGCUUCGUUCUCAUUCUCAACAACGUCAAAUUAACCACCAUAAUUACACUUAUCAAUACAAACCAACAUAUAUUUAUAAUUGCACUCAAGCUUAUCAUGGUUCCCAAAGUGAUACCUCUAAUGAGGGUCAGCUUCAUUAUCAACAAGCUCACGGCCAUCAUCAGUAUAACUACAAACCAGUUAUAUUUUAUAACUGCUCUAAUGGUUCCAGAAAUAAUAAAGUUAUAGACCAUGAUUCAAAAAAAAUCUCAAAGCUACAAUCAUUAGAUCAUUUAGAGCCAGAUCAGAAUAAGAAGUCAAAAGAACAAUCAAAGCUACAAUCAUUAGAUCAUUUAAAACCAGAUCAGAAUAAGAAGUCAAAAGAACAAUCAAAGCUACAAUCAUUAGAUCAUUUAAAUCCAGAUCAAAAUAAGAAAAAUGAAAAGUUCCCUUGGUUAGACCUGAUAUCAAUAAUUUUACUUGUGAUUUUAAUACCUAUAGUUUUUAUGAUACAACCAAUGUCAAUAUCAUUCAUGUUUUUACUAGGAACCUUGAAAAUUUUACACAUCAAGGAAAGUUGGACUCAAGAAACAUUAUCCAGUGUAUUAAGUCUGUUUUUAAAGAAUGAAUAUAUUAAAGGUUUUGAUAGAAGAAGUCGGAUGUUGUUGGUUACUAUUGCCUGUCAAAUCAUUUUAUUUAUUAUAGCGAUGGUUUUGGGUAAGGUUAUGGACUUUUUCGAAACAAACUAG